ACGAUAAAAAAAUUAAGCGUUCGUUAGAAAAUUCAACUAAUUUGAAGGAUAUUGUGUGGAAAGAACACAAUAAAUUCCAUAUAAAAAUUUAUAAAGAGGAUGACCUAGACUGGAAUAAACUAAUCGAACAGUGUGCAAUUGAGAAGGGAUUUACAUAUGAAAAUGAUCGCAUUCAAUUAACAAAAACGCAAGCAUUUACGAUUGAUGUAACAACGAUUAAACCGCAAACUUCACGUCUUUUUUCUGGAACAAGGGAAUUUAAAUGUGAACAACAACUUGAUGGCUUACUUAAAGAAAGCUUAAUUUUUAAUGGUCAAAUAGAAUCAAGUUUAUCUUUACCUUAUUUAUCCUAUCUAUCUUUGCUUGCAGGCCUAACUUUAGAACGGACAAAUGAACUUAGAAAGUCUCGAGUUGAAUGUACUACAUAUUCUUAUGACUAUAUAGAAAAGGCAAAGUUAAAUAUUGACAAGACAAAUGUUAAAUUGGACAAUGAUUUUAUUAAAGAUGUAAAAUCAGCAUUAGAUGAUACAUAUUUACAGAGAAAAAAAAUUAAUAAACUUAAAGAAAUUUCAAGAAAAUAUGGUCAUUUCUACGCUAGCGAAGUCAUUUUUGGUGGUGCAAUCAUUAAAAACAUCAAGA